AUAACCAAACAUAAUUUAUAUAUAUAAAAAUGGUGGGAGAGAGAUAGAUAAGUACAAUGUAGGUGUUCCUUUGGAUCUGCUUGAGUUUCAUUUCACGACCAAACCCUCCUUUGCUUUGUUUUGGUUUUGGAUUUUCGGAGCUGUGAGUUUCAUUCAUGUCGAUCGCGUUGGAGAGAAUCGACGUGGAGCCUUCCUCGUCUGGCUUCAUGCACGGUGCUGCGAUGUCGUUUGGUUUGAUAUUUGAGUCGUCGUCGCCGGCUCCGGUUGCGUCUUCGUCGUCGUCGUCUUCGUUAGGGAAGAACAGCGACGUGUCGUCCGGGAGGUCGGAGGACGAAGGCAAUGAGGAGAAUGACGAGGCUCAGAGCUCGUAUAAAGGUCCUUUGGAUAUGAUGGAGGCUUUGGAGGAGGUUUUGCCUAUCAGGAGAGGCAUCUCGAAGUUCUAUAACUACAAAUCUAAGUCCUUCACGAGUCUGGCAGAGGCUGCAACUUCUUCCUCCAUUAAAGAGAUUGCAAAGCCAGAUGAUCCCUAUACCAGGAAACGCAGGAACAUGCUCGCUUCUAAUCUGAGAAUUUGCAGGGCCGGGAUAUCUAAAUCUUCAAAGAGAACAAUCACCGCAAGUCAGAGCACGUUGGCUUUGGCUAUGACAAUGUGCAGCUCGGAAUCCAGUCCCAGCACUAGUGGUGAUUCCAAUUCAAGUUCCCUUGCUCCUCCAUCUUUUAACAAACUCGGAAAUCACUCUGCUUGGCGAUCAUUAUCCUUGGCUGACUUGCAGGAAUGUGCUACUUCUGCUGCUGUAAAUACCACUUCUCGCUUCUUUCCUUCACAUCCAAAUAUGCAGCAAUGACUCAAAAGGCCACACUGUUCUUUCGAACAAGCAUCGUUGCUUUAGAGCUGUUAAGAAGUAGCUUCUGAUCUAAUCUAGUUUGAAAAUGUAGCUUUUAGAACUUUCAUAUUGUUGGUUUCUACAUUUACUUAACCACUAAAACCCACAACGGACAAUGGAAGUUCAUUCAAGGCAUGUAGAAAUGUGACAAAUAUGAAGUACCAAUACCGGUUCCAGAAAUCUCAUGUAGUAUUACAUAACUCUUGUGACGGUUUUCCAUAUUUUCUAAGGGCAAUACUCUUGAAAGACAUUAAACUAAAUGUAAAAAAGGAAGCACUGUGGUAUAUUUCAAAUUCAAAACAAGGCUUAUGCAGCAACUAUCAAUUUCAUUUUGGAGA